AUGAGCACCGAAGACAAGGUCCGCGUGUCUGGCGAUGCGCCUCGCAACGCUGCGCCGGUCCUCCCUACUGUCAACCCUGCCUCCGAGAAGCCUCAUUCUACCAAUAAUGGCGUCCAUCCGGCCCUCUAUGUCAUCAUCUGGAUUGGCUUCUCGUCCUCAGUUAUCCUCUUCAACAAGUGGAUUCUGGAUACCCUCAAGUUCCGCUACCCCGUCAUCCUCACCACCUACCACUUAGUCUUUGCCACCGUCGUCACCCAAGCCCUCGCUCGCUGGACGACAGCCCUCGAUGGCCGCAAAAACGUCAAGAUGACCGGACGGGUCUACCUCCGCGCUGUCGUCCCCAUCGGUCUCUUCUUCAGUCUGAGCUUGAUCUUCGGUAACCUGACCUACCUCUACCUAUCCGUUGCCUUUAUCCAGAUGCUCAAGGCCACCACUCCCGUCGCUGUCCUCCUCGCUGGCUGGAGUCUAGGCGUCUCGCAACCCAACAUCAAGCAGUUCCUCAAUGUCUCCGCCAUUGUCGUCGGUGUCAUUAUUGCCUCCUUUGGUGAAAUUGAUUUUGUUCUUGUCGGCUUCCUCUUCCAGAUGGCUGGUAUUCUCUUCGAGGCUCUUCGUUUGACCAUGGUCCAGCGCCUUCUGAGCUCUGCCGACUUCAAGAUGGAUCCGCUCGUCUCCCUCUACUACUUUGCCCCCGUCUGCGCCGCCAUGAACGGUCUCGUUGCUCUGUUCUGGGAAGUCCCCAAGGUCAGCAUGGCUGAAGUGUACCAUGUCGGUCUCUUUACCUUUUUCCUCAAUGGUCUCUGCGCCUUCAUGCUCAAUGUCUCCGUUGUUUUCCUCAUUGGCAAGACGUCGGCUGUCGUCUUGACACUAUGCGGUGUCCUCAAGGAUAUUAUGCUCGUCGCCGCCUCUAUGAUGAUCUGGGGCACCCCCGUCACCCCCUUGCAGUUCUUUGGUUACUCCAUUGCUCUCGGCGGCAUGGUCUACUACAAGCUUGGUUAUGACCAGAUCAAGGGAUAUGCUGGUGAGGCUUCUCGCCACUGGGCUGAGUUUGGUGCUCGCAAGCCCAUUCUCCGCAAGCUCAGCAUCAUUGUCAUGAUCUUCUUCACCGUUGCUCUAUUGUUUGGCGGCCUCGCGCCCUCCAACUACAACCCCACCAGAGUUGUUGCCGACGUCACCAACAAGAUGGGCAAGACUGAUGCCAACUAA